CUUUGAGUGGAUUCCUUCCCCUCUCCUACUCUUCCUUUCUUUCUCACAGCAGUAGUCUCUUCCCUUAAAGACCUUGGACCCGGAGAUCCCAGGGAAGCUCCUCAACUAGCCAUUCAUCAAGGCCUGUGAGUCUUCAUCUCUGUGACCUGCACUGUGUCCUGCCUGUGUUCCCAAGGAAUCUCAGCAUGGAUCCUACUGAGAACAGCCAGACCUUCAACGUCCCUGACAACACUCAGUCCCAAAGGCCUGCAAGGGGCCUGGAGGCUGCCCAGGUCCCCGUAGCUGAGGUGGGGGAUGCUGAGGCCACUGUCCCCACCUCAGGGGAAGUGUCUGUUGGAGAAAUGCCCAGUUCUCCCCAGAGUGCUGAGGCAGCCUCUUCUCCUCCUGCUGCCCUGGGCUCCAAUGCAGGGGGGGCAUCUACAGAGGCCUCUAGAAACCAAGCUAGUGAAGUGGCCCUUCCUGAGCCCUCCUUGCAGCAGGAACUCAAUAGAAAGAUAGUUGAUUUGGUUUUCUUCCUGCUCCUCAAGUACAGGAGGGGGCAGGUGACAAGUAGGGCAGAAAUUUUGCAUGCGGUCAUCAGAGAAUAUGAGGCAUACUAUUCUGCGAUCUUUAGUAAGGCCAUUGACUGCAUGAGACUGAUGUUUGGGCUUGACAUAAUAGAAAGGAAUCCCCUUGUCCACUCCUACUCUCUUGUCCAUGCUCUAGGGAUCACCUAUGAUGGGCUGCAGCAUGGUUUCCCAGGCAUACCAAAGACAGGCCUCUUGAUAAUCAUGCUGUGUAUCAUCUUCAUAGAGGACAAUUGUGUCAGCGAGGAGGCCUUGUGGCGCAUAUUGAAUGGUUUGGGGCUGUAUGCUGGGAGGGAUCAUUUCAUAUACGGGGAGCCCAGGAGACUCAUCACUGAGCAUUUUGUGCAGGAAAGAUACCUGGAGUGCAGACAGGUGCCAGGCAGCGAUCCUCCUAGCCAUGAGUUCCUAUGGGGCCCCAGGGCCCAUGCGGAAACCACCAAGAUGAAAAUCUUGAGGUUUUUUGCCAGCAUAAUUAGGCGGGAUCCCAGAUCCUACCCCUACAGUUAUGCAGAUGCUUUGAGAGAUGAGCUGCAGAGGACCUAGACCUGAAUCGCCCAGCAGAUGAUACUACUGUCCUGAGCAGCACCCAUUCUAGCGCACUGGCAGUUUCCAGGUCAGGUAGUCAGACAUUUAAGGACUUGUACCCUCAGUGGAGUGCUGGUGGAAUGACAGCAUGAACCGUUUCAUUCUUCCUGUUCUCACUGGGUGACUUGGGCUUUCUUGUUAUUUCACAAUGUUGCUACUGUUACUACAAGGUUCCCUAUUGGAGAUGUUUUAAAUUCAUGAAUAUAGUUUGUAAACUGAACUACUGUUGUUGAUCCACGUUAGGAGAAUUUUAUCAUUUUUUUGAACAGUUGAGAAUGACAUGUCCAAUUUGGAAAAUGUAUUAAGAUUCUAUAGCAUUCUAAGUGGAAUUACCCUGGCAAUGGGAAGGAACUUGUCAUUUUCAUGUAAAAACAAUAAAUUUUAAAAGAAUUGCCUUCAA